AUCUGCUUUCCUAGAACCCUACCAUGGGCCUGAAUCCGGGUGGCACAGCUCAAGUCUGCCCCCUCCCUUUGGAAACUGAGGACAGCAAUGCCCCUGAGGGAGUCGUGCCUUCCUGGGUCCCAAGCAACUCCCAAGGGCAGGUGGAAUUCCCAAGGGAAAGCCAGCCAGUGGUAAGGAAAUGACAGGGAGCGCUGGCAACCGCCUCUUUGGAGCCCCUGGAGAUGAGCUUCAGGGAGAGGAGGACCAAUGAGUACUCCCACGGUGGCCGGCGUGGCAGGCUCAGGGUGACGGCGGCGGAGGAAGGCACUGGGAAGCUGAGCUUGCAAGAGCGGGGAUGGGCUCCGGAGCGUGGCUGUGGGAGCGACCUCUGCCUCCCGCUGCCCCGGGAUCCCCCUUGCACGGUAAAGAGGGAGCAAGGGCCGGCGAAGAGUGUUCGGGGACGCAGGGACAGGCUCUCGAGGGGCAGGAACCCCGCCCCCCCCCCGGAGCUCACCCACCCGCCAUGGCCCUCGCCCGGGCCAAAGAGUGGUGCAGCUCGUUACCCAAAGCCGGGUAAGAAGCUGAGGCCCGGGGGCUGCGGAGAGGGCCGGGGACAGUUGGAGCAGGGACAGGCGGCCGUCUCGAGGGAUGCAGACUGGGAAGAAGCCAGGGAGAGUUUAGGUGGGAGGACUCCCGAGCAAAGCGGUUUGCUGGCGCCUCGGGCCGUGGAGCACGCAGCAGCUGGGGAGAGGGGGAGCCCAAGGCCAGCAAGCGAGCGAGCGGGAGACCGACCGCCUCGCCUCGGGUUGCCCCAAGCCCCCGCCCUGCAGCUGGUCACGCCUCUCUCUCCCCCGCCCCCAGCUACAUUCACCGAAGUCCCCAAAGAUGUGACGGUACGGGAGGGAGACGACAUCGAAAUGCCCUGCGCGUUCCGGGCCAGUGGAGCCACCUCGUAUUCGUUGGAGAUUCAGUGGUGGUAUCUCAAGGAUCAAGGUAACCCGCCGCCCACGCGGCGCCGGCGCUCACCCGGCUCAGGCCCGGGGGCGGAGAGGGUAACAAAUAAGGAUGCAACUAAAAUCAGCACGGUGCGCGUCCAGGGCAAUGACAUCUCGCACCGGCUUCGGCUGUCGGCCGUGCGCCUGCAGGACGAGGGCGUGUACGAGUGCCGCGUGUCGGACUACAGCGACGACGACACGCAGGAGCACAAGGCCCAGGCGCUGCUGCGCGUGCUCUCGCGCUUCGCGCCGCCCAACAUGCAGGCUGCUGAGACAUCCGCCACCACCGUGGUAGCUGCAGCCGCGGCUUCGUCAGCGUCGCCGCCAGCCCGGCAGGCGGUGCUUCUACGCCAGAGACACGGCUCAGGCAGGAGUGAUGGAACGCACUGUCCUGAUGGGCAGUGCUCAGAGUGCUGCCACCUGCUGCCAGCCACGGAGGCAGGCCUUGGCUGUCCUGCUGAAUGGAGGAGGCAGUCUCCUGUCGCUGUCUUAUCCCACCCCACUGGCUGACUCUUCACCCCACGAACAGUUCGGAGCCACUGUCUGUCUUGCUUGUAAGCUCGGUGCUCUCUUGCUCUUUUAUUCCCCUGUGGGAGCUGCCUCUAUCUCAGGCUGUUGCCCGGAUCUGGAGGCCUCGUCCCUCUCAGCCCAGCACAGGGACCCUCGGGACUUUCCUCCAGGCCUGGGGGAAGUGAGACAGCUGGAACCUGUAGAGAGCCUCCCCAAACAGCCCUAAGCUCGCCCACCUGGCCUGGAUCAUUUUACCCCCUUUAUUAAUUUCAGAUGACACUAGCUACUGUUACAAACCCCAAAAUGUCGCUGGCUUGACAGAUUUCAAAUGUAUUUUUUUUCUCGUUCACAUCAAGUCUGGAAUAGGGUGUGGUAGCUUCGUUCCAUGCAGGU